CUUGAUACUGGUUUUCGGAGCAGAUAGAGAGGUGCCAGCAGCCAGCUACAACUGAAAGCGCUUGUCUUUUGCCGCAAUAUUGGCGUGGAGCUGACAGCCGAGGUUUCUCCCACCGCGGUGUUUAUGUUUGAGCCGCCUUGCAUUUUGACCCGGGAGUGUGGGAGUGGAUGAGCCACGUGUACAGGAACUAGCUGGAGUCUGACAGCUUGCCUGGAGGGAAGCACCGCAGGACAUAGGGGUAAGCAGUAACCAUUAUGGCUGCUCAGAGGCAAGUGUGGUGUAGACACCCCCUGGCUGUGUCCCUGCUUUUUUACCUCCUGCUCCACACCAUGGAUGUCUGUGCACGGCCAGCCAACAUGUCCGCCUUAAAAGAUAAGAACCCAACCGGCAAGGAUGAUAACGAGAUUCUCCCCCCGGACCACCUGAACGGAGUGAAGAUGGAGAUGGACGGCCACCUCAACAAGGACUUCCAUCAGGAGGUGUUCCUGGGCAAAGAGAUGGAGGAGUUUGAGGAGGACUCGGAGCCGAGGAGGAACCGGAAGAAGCUGAUUGAAAUUUUCACCAAAGUUGAUUUCAACAAAGACAGGAGUGUGAGUGCUAAGGAGAUGCAGCGCUGGAUUAUGGAGAAGACAGAGGAGCACUUCCAGGAGGCUGUGAAGGAGAACAAGUUGAGCUUCCGUGCUGUUGACCCAGAUGGAGAUGGUCAUGUGACAUGGGAUGAAUACCGAGUAAAGUUUCUGGCCAGCAAGGGAUUCAAUGAAAAAGAAGUUGCCGAGAAAAUAAAGAACAAUGAAGAUCUGAAAGUGGAUGAGGAAACGCAGGAGGUUUUAGAGAGUCUGAAGGACCGCUGGUUCCAGGCUGACAACCCCCCAGCUGACCAGCUGCUGAAUGAACAGGAGUUCCUCUCCUUUCUGCACCCUGAGCACAGCCGAGGCAUGCUCAAAUACAUGGUCAAGGAGAUUGUCCGUGACCUCGACCAGGAUGGUGAUAAGAAGUUGACACUGUCAGAGUUCAUCUCCUUGCCCAUGGGCACUGUGGAGAACCAGCAGGCUCAAGACAUCGAUGAUGACUGGGUUCGCGAGAGGAAGAAGGAGUUUGAGGAAGUCAUUGAUGCGAAUCAUGAUGGCAUUGUAACCAUGGAUGAGCUGGAGGAGUACAUGGACCCGAUGAACGAGUACAACGCAUUGAACGAGGCCAAGCAGAUGAUUGCUGUUGCAGAUGAGAACCAGAAUCAUAACUUGGAGCUGGAGGAGAUUCUCAAGUACAGCGAAUACUUCACAGGCAGCAAGCUCAUGGACUACGCCAGGAAUGUUCACGAGGAGUUCUGAGGACAAACCCGUCUUUGAAGAAACCUCGCCUCUCUCUCUCCGCUCAGCAAGGCAGAGGGGUGGGAUCCCACAUCUGCUUCAGGGACAGGCCUUUCUCACUGGUGGGCGGAGGGGGGCUGACGAUGGGAUGUUCCAGUGUGCAAUUCUAUGUUUAAAAGCCUAGCCUCACCGGCCUCUUCACUGCUGACUCAGAUUCAAGGUGUUCAAAUCCUUCCCUCAUCUUUGGACUGUCUGCCAUCAAGGUUUCCCGUUGCCGCUGCUCCUGCCUUCUGUCUUCUGUCAGACUUGCUUUGUAUGGAUGGUACAUGUCGGGCGUUUCACUUCAUUUACAAAGCAUUUAAGGCACUGCAUCGACCCCAAAAUCCAUUUGUGUUGAUAUAUUGUGAAAUGUGUGUAUAUGAGGAAUUUGACCCAAGACUAGAUUUUCCUUUCCUAGUGCAGUAGUGAGAAAGACUUGGCACAUCUAGGUCAGUUAUUUGUACUGCAAGAUCUGUUGUUUCUCCGGCAAACUCUUGUCAGUUUUAGCUGGCGCACCUGUAAACAAUGUAAAUAUUCAUUCAUUCACAUCUACUAAUUCUUCUGUCAGAUGGAAUGACUGAAAAUAAAUGUAACAUAAUGCUGCUGAAAGGAAUCGACACAUACAGAGAUAUCAAUGAUGAAUUGAGUUUACAGCUGAAGCACAAAUGGUUCUUUACCACUUCAUUCCCUAUACACUGUUGAUUUUAUCAUCAACAAGUUUCCAUGAUUGAUUAUUAUCCGUCCUCCUCCUUAUAGACAGAUUGUCGUCGUUUAAGGAUAUGAAAAUAUUGGUGACCCUUGAGAGCUGUAAUACUAAAACAAUCCCUAGCAUAGCCUGUGUCAGCUGUGUGUUUUGAACUGCACUGUGUAUCUGGAAAGUAAUUAAAAAUUACUAAAAAUGUAGGAGAUGAUGACACUCCUAUCUUUUUCUUUAUUUUCAGUGCCAAGUCAUCAGAAAUAUGUGCUCUUGUAAGACUUUGAGAAAGUCAAUCUUUAUUUUUUCGGUAUAAUUUUGGUUUUGCUUCACCAAAGCAUGCACUCAUGGAUGCUUCAUUCCUAUAGAGGUCAGAAAAUUCCCUUGUGUGUGUUCUCUUGGUUCAUCCAUGCAGUCACAACUGUAUGUUUUUUUUUCUUAACACUUCAGCAAAAUGAACGAAUUAUAUGCAUUCCUUGAUUUUCCUUUAUUUACAAUAUCCUGUGGAGUGCUGUUUGGAUCCUGCUUUAGUCCUUUACUCUCAGUCCUCUCUUUGAAUUGUAAGAUAUGAUGUAUGAUAACAGAAUGUGACACAGCUUUAUACAAUGCAUUGCAAAUUUACUGGUAAACAAUAAAUAUUUCUUAUCAAUCACUGA